AUGGUUGAAGCUUCGGAACCAAUCAUCUCGAAGGACAACGAUGAGAGAGCCAUCAAGAAGGAAAACGAGAAAAAUGACGUAAAGGAAAUGAUUGCAGGAUGCUUUGAGGUAAGAGACAAGGAUGCGCUAGAUGUGAUUUUGCACAGUGAUCAUUUCAUCUACAAUGAUGAAUGCCAAGAGAAACAAGUUGAAGAACGAUCAAAUUAUUACAUAAGAAAUAACCCGUUCAAAGAUGGAGACGAACUGCCUGAUGAUGCAAAAUCCAUCGGAUGCAAAUGGGUUUUCAAAACCAAAAAAGACUCUAAUGGAAACAUCGAAAGACAUAAAGCAAGACUUAUCGCCAAAGAAUUCACUCAAAGAAAAGAAAUCGAUUACACCGAGACAUUUUCUCCGGUUUGCACCAAGCCUGAAAUAGCAUAUUUUGUUGGAGUAUUAGGGAGAUAUCAAAGUAAUCCGGGUGUUGACCACAGGAAAGCUGCAAAGAAAGUGAUGAGGUACCUUCAAGGUGCGAAGGAUUUCAUGCUCAUGUAUAGACAAACUAAUCUCUUGGAAAUGGUUAGCUACUCCGAUUCGGACUACGCUGUCUACAUUGACACUCGGAAAUCUACAUCGGAUUAUGUGUUUAUGUUGGCUGGUGGAGCUAUCUCUUGGAAAAGUGCGAAACAGUCUAUUACUGCUACUUCCACCAUGGAGGCUGAGUUUAUUUCAUGUUUCAACACUAGCUCGCAUGGUACCGAUCAAGUUGUACUGUCUGAUGUGUUUAUGGCUAAAAACAAUAAGAGUGGGAGUCGAAGUCGAAGUAAGCACAUCGACAUCAAGUAUUUAGCCUUAAGAGAACGUGUCAAGGAAAAUAAAGUGGUCAUUGAACACGUUAGUACAAAGUUGAUGGCUGUCGAUCCCUUGACUAAAUACAUGCCACUAAGGAAUUUCAGGGAUCACGUAGCAAGUUAUCAAGUCUGUGCCGUGCCUUACGAUUACUCAUAUACAGACGAGUGUUUAAAAAAUCCGCGAGGCCCUCAAUACAACGGAGGAAUAGUGAUCAAUCCAGAAUUGAACGAAGGAUUGAAGGGAUGGAGUGUACAUGGAAAUGCAAAGGUUAAGCAUGCUCAAUCCGAUGACGGUAAUAAAUAUAUUAUCGCUUCCGAAAGACGGCAACCUUUUCAUAGCUUUUCACAGAGGUUUGAAUUAGAAGAAGGGAAACUAUAUUCAUUUUCAGGAUGGGCGCAAGUAAGCCAGGGGAAAGCAAGCAUCAAAGUAGUAUUGAAGACGCAAAGAGGCUAUCAAAUUGCGGGUUGGGUCACGGCACGAAAUGGAUGUUGGUCCAUGGCCAAGGGUGGUUUUGUUGCCCAAACUUCCGGAUUUGCAUAUCUUUAUUUCGAGAGUGAAAAUAUUGAAGUCGAUAUUUGGGCUGACAAUAUAUCGUUGCAACCAUUUACACUUGAAGAGUGGCAAUCCCACCGAGAUAAGAGCAUUGAGAUGGUUCGAAAAAGAAGAGUGAAGUUUUACAUUAAGAAUAAAGAUGGUAGUCCUGCAAAAAACACGACCCUUUCUAUCAAACCUAGACGCCAAAAUUUCCCAUUUGGCUGCGCAAUAAAUCAGAACAUCUUAAACAACCAAGCUUAUCAAGAUUGGUUUUUCUCACGAUUCAAAUACACUGUCUUCGAGAAUGAAAUGAAAUGGUAUUCUACUGAAAAUACUCCCGGCAAAGAAGACUAUUCAAAAUCCGAUGCACUGAUGAAUCUUGCCAAGUCUCGAGGGGUGACGGUCCGCGGGCACAACGUGUUUUGGGACGAUCCUAAUCAACAACCAUCGUGGGUCAAAGGACUUGGAAAUGCCGAUUUUUCUAAGGCCGCCAACAAUAGACUCAACUCAGUUGUGGGUCGAUACAAGGGGCAGCUCAUCCAUUGGGACGUUCUGAAUGAGAAUUUGCACUUCGACUACUUUGAGGGCAAGCUUGGACGGAAUUCCGCCGCCAAAUUUUACAAAAUGACCAAGAAAAUCGAUGGCAAAGCUAUCCCAUUCUUGAAUGAUUACAACACUAUCGAGGAUAAUAGAGACAGUAGCUCAUUGCCAACAAAGUAUCUCAAAAAGAUUAAGAAAAUUAGAAGGCAAGGAUACAAAGGUCCUUUAGGGAUUGGGCUCGAAAGCCACUUUAGCGUCGCUCCAAAUUUGCCCUACAUUCGCUCGGCGCUCGAUCAACUUUCUUCGGCUAAACUCCCUAUUUGGAUCACCGAAUUGGACGUUACCUCCGGACCAAAUCAGGCAAGUUAUUUGGAGGAGAUACUUGGAGAAGUUUAUGGGCAUCGGGCCGUACAAGGAAUCCUUAUUUGGUCGGCAUGGAGUUCCGGAGGAUGUUACAGGAUGUGUUUGACGGACAACAAUUUCAAGAAUUUACCGACAGGUGAUGUUGUGGACAAGUUCAGGAAUAAGAUGAUAUUUCCAAAUCAAGUCCAAAAAUUGACGACAAAUUCCAAUGGUUUUGUUGAAACUUCACUGUUUCACGGUGAAUAUGAAGUUGCAGCACAUGAUCACCCUUAUAAUCACUACGCCUAUGGAAAUCAAAGCUACAAACUAGAUACUCUUGGUAUUGCCACCUCCGAUGAGACUAAUGCUAAUGCUAAUGCUAAAACUAUUCACUUGCAACUUCAAUUGUAA